AUACUUUCUAGACCGUCACAGCGAUUGCAACACGUCACAGCUAACAGCUAAGAAAAACAUAUUUCGGGCUGGGAAUCGGGUUAUAGUGCAAGAUAAGUUUGCGUUUGUUUUCGAGUUAAAUAAUCUGUGAAAUGAGCGAGGACGAGCGGUUUGAGGAAGAUGCGGAGGAGGAACAGGAGAUCUUCGACGAUGGCAUGGAGUACGCCGAGCCCGGACAACAGAAGGUGGACAAGCCAUCGAAGGAUGAGAAGAAUGUCGCCAAGUGGCUGAAGAAGAAUGUUAAGACAAAGAAAACCAAAUUCUUAAGCCACGUUGUCGAGUACUUUACUUCGUGCAAGGCCCUGGAUGCUCUGAUGAAAUCGAAAUUCGCCGAAGGCAACAAUCCCCUCUUCACCACACGCGAGCAGGCCGUGGAAUUCAUGGACGUUAUGCUGGAGCAUAAGUUUUUCCAUCGCGCCAAAAAGGUGCCCGUCACGCUGGACGAGAUACGGGGCAAGUCUGCUGAGAAAAAGGGAGAGAUUAAGGAAAAGGAGAAACCAAAGGACGAUAAGAAAGACACCGAUCUGGAAGCGGACAGCGGCAAUGGCGACGGCCCCUCAGCGACCACCGAGAAAGAGAAGAAAGAGAAAAAGAAGCGCAAGAUUCGCCUGGAUAUGCAUCCCGAGCAAAUCUUUGUAGAUGGCUCGGAGGCAUAUGUCUGGAUCUAUGAUCCCAUACCACUGCACUAUUGGAUAUUCGGCUUCAUUCUCCUGCUGGGCGCAGUGGGCAUCUGUCUGUUCCCCCUGUGGCCGCCACUGCUGCGGAAGGGCGUCUACUAUCUCUCCAUCGCUGCGGCAGGCUUCCUUGUUUUCAUCCUGGCUCUGACUGUGGUGCGUUUAAUUGUCUUCACCAUUGUCUGGGCUUUAACUGGCGGCAAAUUGCAUUUCUGGAUCUUCCCCAACUUGACCGAGGAUGUGGGCUUCUUCGCCUCCUUCUGGCCCCUUUAUGAGAGUAAUUAUGGCAGCGAUGCGGCCAGCGCAUCGUCAAAGACCGACAAGAAAUCAAAAUUAAAGUCAAAGAAAAAGGAAAAGGACAGUGACGCCGAGGACACAGCUGUGGAUGCGGAUGGUGAUGCCGAUGCCGAUGGUGAUGGUGAUGGUGAUGUCGAUGCUGAGGUCUCCACCUUAGAGCCGGAGAAAAUUGAGCUUAUCAAAGAGCACGAUGCCGACAUGGAGGUACGCAAGCGUCGCAAAGUCGGAGCCGACGAGUACGAAGACGAUGAUGUAGAUGUCGACGAGGAGCCUCAGAGUCAGCCCAAGGAGUCCAAAGCUGGUACCCCACAAAACUCGGAAUCGGAUUCGGAGACAUCCAGCAAAGAUUACGAAAUAAUUAGUUCGAGUGAGGUGCAAAACGUUGCUGGCAACUAAGAAUGGAAUUAAAUCAUAAUAUAUAUAGAUUUAACGAUCCACACACCACAUCUAGCUAAUUGAUAAGACAUAGAACAAGAAUCACACAUCAAGUACAUACAGCAACCAACACACACCCAUACUCUCUCAUGCGCGCCCCUCUGUGCGUGCCCAAUAUUCCAAGUAAAGCGAAACCUCAGAUCUGACCCAUGGUGAACUACUUACCUUUCUAGUGCUCGUCUUUUUGAGCGUGGUGAAUAAGUUAGUGGAAAACGUCACCAUGUUGGUAGUUUCACCAUGAUGUGAGCCAGUUCUUUGAUCGUGAGUUUUCAUUUGAUAGUCUCAAUUUUAUUAGACAGCAUUAGCUGGGUCUCUCUCUCUGAUCGUGAGAUUAAGGUUGAGUUUAAAGUUUCAACACAAGCAUUUUGUUUUUGUUUUCUUUUUGGCUGCAGUACACAAGUUUUCGCUACUGUUUCAGCCAGAUAUUAUUUUUGUUUUUGACUUAUCAUUAUGUAAAUGUAUACAAAAGGAGCACCAGGCCCAAAAGGAGGCCUUGUUUAGUUGAGUGCAACAAACAAUUGCAGUUGAUAAUAAUAUUAAAUAAUAAUAUUAGACAUUGAUGUGCAUAAAUAUUUACUUUAAAUGUAAUUAAAGCAGAACUAAUAUCUACAUAAAUGAAUGAAAUUAGUAGUGUAACACGCAAUUAACUAUUACUAUAAAUAAAAUAAAGCUAGGCAAUUCUGAUCU